GUAUUGAUGGUUGCUAGCUGGCAAGCUAUGUGGGUGUUCACGUUUCAGCUUUGCAAUGGGCAAAAUCAUAUGAACUUAAUAUUAUUUUCGUGGUAAAUAUAUUCAAAUUUAAUAUUCUGAUGAGACUACAAUGUGGAAAAGAAUCUGCGUAUGAAUACCAAGAGAACAUUCGAUAUGGGGGACGUUCUGGCUUAUGAAGCAGAUCUUCUUGGAAUGGUUAAGGAGUUUCUCAAGUUUGGUGAAUUUGAAGAAACGGUUAAGCAGUUUGAGAAGGAAUGCAAGGCCAAAGGGAAACCAGUUCCGAAGGUUUCGGGGAGCAUCUUGAGCAAUUCUAAAACGUUAAUCAUACAGAAAGACCUCUUCAGCUCCUUUGAAGACGGGGACUGCAAAGUGUUCUUUGAGCUGUGGAACGGGAACAUCCCAUCCGAUGUUCGGGACUUUGACCCUGUGGCACAGAAGCUGGAGUUCUACCUGCACAUCCACUUCGCCAUCUACCCUCUGAAAUACUCUGCAGGAGGACCUGACAGGGUGGAUUUUGAGGACAGGAUCAAGCACUUUAAGCACUACCUGGAGACGAGAGGAGCCGCGCUCAGCCAGACCACCGAGUUCCUUCCCUUCUACGCCCUGCCCUUCGUGCCCAACCCCAUGGUUCACCCGGCCUUCAGAGCCCUCUUCCAGGAGUCGUGGAUGCCGGAGGUGAGGCGAAAGCUGGAGCGAUUUUUGUCAUCGACUCUGAAAGCCUCGAACACUCCCAGGCUGUUCGCUCUGUGCAAGGAGAGCGCAAAAGGAAAUAAAGAGGAGCUGCAGCAGCUGCAGCAGCAGCUAGCCGAAGCGGAGCGGCGGGCAGCCAGCGGCAUGCGGCGGUUCAAUAAGCUGCAGGCCGACUACCACAACCUGAUCGGCGUCACGGCCGAGCUGGUGGACUCCCUGGUGGCCACCAUCAGCGGAAAAAUGAUCUCCCCAGAAUACCUGCAGAGCAUCUGUGUGCGUCUCUUCAGCAGCCAGAUGAGGCACAGCACCGCACAGAGCAUCGACUUCACCAGGCCGGGCACUGGAUAUUACUCUUUGAGCCCAUACAAUGACAAUGAUGAUGGAUAUGCAUCUUCAAUGCUGCGAGCGUCGAUCGCACCUCCCAAAGUGCAGGACGUGCCGUUGCUGCCCUCGCUGGACUAUGAGAAGCUGAAGCGCGACCUGCUGAACGGCACCGACCGGCUCAGAGCGCUGCUGCUGCAGGCGCUGCGAUGGAGGCUGACCCGCUCCCUCCACGGGGAGCAGAGGGACACUGUGCUGCAGGCCUUCAUCAGCAACGACCUCCUGGACUGCUACAGCACAGGCCAGCAGAAGAGCGUGCUUCACCUGCUGAAGUCGAAGAACGAGGUCGUCCGGCAGUACAUGGCCCGGCUCGUCAACGCCUUCGCCUCCGUGUCCGAGGGUCGGGUGUACCUGUCUCAGAUCCCCUCCCUCCUGAGGACCCUGGAGGACACCGUGAGGACCGAGGAGAACGACUCCGUGACCAAAGAGAACGUUCUGGGGGCCCUGCAGAAACUCAGCCUCCGGCGAGCUCAGCAGUCGUGUAUGAUUGAGGACGGGCUGAUUGGCUGGCUGGUGGAGGAGCUGCAGGACUCUGACUGCCUGUCAGACUACACCCUGGUGUACUCAUCCGCCCUGCUAAUGAACCUGUGCCUGCGCACACAAGGUAAGAGGAAGUGUGCUGAGAUCGCGAAACGCGUGCUGAAGGUCCUAACAGACCUCCUGGGACACGAGAACCACGAGAUCCGGCCGUAUGUGAACGGGGCGCUGUACAGCAUCCUGUGUGACCCCACAGUGCGCGAGGAGGCCAGGGAGAUGAGUCUGGAGGAGAUUCUGUGCUGCUACAGUAAGGAGGAGGAUCCUGACCUGCACAGGCAGAUACAGUUCAUCAUCAAACAGCUGCACUCCGAGGAAACGUCUGAAGACGGUGCGGAGUCUGAAGAUGAAGAGGAAGAUGAUAACGACGAGGACGACGCGAUGGAGGCCGACCUGGAUAAGGAGGAAGUUCUGCAGCCGCAGCCCAGAGAACUCUCCGGAGAAUCGCUGCUGACGACCGAGUACCUGGGGAUCAUGACUCACUCUCUGAAGGCUAAGAGGCGGUCAGCGCUGGCGGGUCAGAGCAUCGACGAGCCGCUCCAGCGCCCGGUCACGCCCAGCUCCCAACGGAGCACCUCCGCCCUUGACGGGGAGCAGAGACGGCAGGAGACUCCGCCCACCUCCCGCAGCAGCCCCCGCCCCACCCCUCGAACCUGCAGCCGGCCCAGCUCUGCGGACUCCCUGCACCGAACUCUGGACUCUGAGUGUGACCAGGACCCCACGCUGCACCACCGCGUCGAAGGGCACCCCCUGCAGGGUGGGGAGAAGUACAACGGGCACAUGGACAGCGACUUCAUCCUGGGGUUCGCGAACCGGCCCAAGAUUCCACGUACUCCCGACGGGGGGGGGCAGAGCCCCAGGAGGGGGGGGCGCGUCCCGCCUCUGGCCCCCCAGUUCUGCCAGUCGGGCCCCCAGCAGACCAGCAGGCCCAGCUCUGCGGGGUCCCUGAGCGGAGCUGGCAGGCAGAGCAGCCAGUCACACAGGAAGUGAGGUCCCGCGUCUCUCACCGGCCGCGUCCUUCCCGCCAAUGUCCGCCACGCACGCAGCUUCCUGAAACCCGAGGAGCGGGCCGCACGCGGGGUCGCCGCGGCAACAGCGGCGGUAUGGGGGGGGGGGUCUCGGGGCAGAAAAUAUGCGGGAUUGUCAGGCCCCCCCCCCCCCCCUUCAUCCGCGGCGCGGAGCGAUCCUGCAACCCAACACUCUCGCUGAAUAAUCCAGCGAGCGCUUUCCAUCACCCCCCCCCCCCCCCCCUCGCCCAGGAGCUCUGGGUGUAGCUUUACCACCUCGUCCCCUCCACCCUCCCUCCUUUUCAGCAUUCUCUUCUUUUUUCUCUCUCUCUCUCUCUCUCUCUCUGUUUAAGAGGAGGUUGUAUUUCACUCAUUAUCGCCGUUUUCUCCGUGGAUGUGUCACGGUUGCUGAGGGGAGGAGGGGGGUGGGGCGGGGGGUGGGGCGGGGGGGUGGGGCUUGUUAAGGGUUGGACAUGCCCUGGUGUCGGACGCCGCUGGGAUGACCCCCCGCUGCCUGAUCCUGUUCUGCUUCAUCGGGGACUUGGAUGCCCUGCGAACUCUCAUCGUUUAACACUAAACCCGUCUGCGCGCAUUCUGUCAUUAUACAUAUGUAUGAUAUACGUUUCAGGCUGUAGCUAGUGUCUGCGUAUUCCCACUUUGCAACAUCAUUGUUAUUUAUGAAUUUUAGUAAGUGUUAUGUGUAAUACGUGUUUAAUAAGCUUUUUAUUUAAAUUUUAAUGAGGAACAGUCGUUGGGUCGUUUUCAGCGAACGGGAACAGCGUUUAUUUUAUUGUCAGUAGCGAGAGCUCGCGGGCGCAUUUCGAGCCGUUUGACGGGGCGUUUGACGGGGCUGUGCGCUCAGGCGGGACGGGUCAGGUGCAGCGCAGGUGUGGCACAGGUAUCACCUGUGUGCGUGCUCAGCGUCGCGCUUCCUCUUCGCCCCUUCCCGUCGGUCCCGCCAGCAGCCCUCGCUCGUCGCCCCGCCGCAGUUUAAUUGUCAGAGCCGCACAAUGGAAGCCCCAGUUUCUCAUUCUUCUCUCUCAAUCCGCUGGCAUUUUUAAUACCUUUUGUGUGUUGAAUUUCUGCGAUAUCCGGUGUCUCAUUUUUAGAAAUGAAUUUAGUGCUGACUCAGGCUGUAGAGAAAAUGGCCGUUUGGAAUGGCCUCUGGUAAAGAUUUCUGUGCCGGGAGCUGCUUAUCGUCCGUGUGUGUGUGUGUGUGUGUGUGUGUGUGUGUGUGUGUGUCUGUCUGUCUUUAUUCCAUAUCCUGUUUGUGAAGGGAAUGUCUGUUUUGGCAAAAUGGAUGUUUGCACUGUCUGCUUUAGGCUCUGCUAUAUGGGCCUCCUUAUCGCGCUCCGCGGAGGUCGGCUGUGUUUGUUCUCGUGUGAGUGAAGCUCGCAGUACCCUCGUGUGCCGGACAGGUUUACACCAAUAGCGCAGCAUCGUAGAAUAUCAGCCUAUCAGCCAGGCCUACCAAAGUCACUCUGGCUUGUCUCACAGAUUUGCAUUGGUCAGUGGUACUGGGGGGGAUGUGCAUCACACCCUCUCUGUAGUGUGUAGGAAGAAUAAUGGUUUUGGGCGGCUACAUGUGUAGUUUGACAACAUUCUAUUACUGUUCCAUUCUAAAUUCCGUUUACAUUCUAUUCUACGUUCUGUAAAAAGCACUCUAUGCACUCUCCAUUAAAAAAGGUGCUUUGCUUUUGACUGUUAAUUUGAUUUGAAAUUGGAUUUAAUUUCUGAUUUUAAUGUCAGAAGAAACUUAAAUCAUAUCUCAUUCUGCGGUUACAAACAGCAUUUGCACAGUCAUGCCAGUGCAUUUUUUUUGUCUUUUGUGUGUAUAUGUGUGUUUGUGAUAAUGUGUUUUAAUAACUAUGAAUUGCAUUAUUUUUUACAAUAAAAUUUGUGCAGUAGAAAAAAA